CUUUAAUUUCCUUUCCGCGCAUCACGUGACGGGCGAUUCUCUUUCUCCCUGUUUCUCUGUUUCACCUGUCUCUCCCUCGCUCACCCCUCUUCCGUAGCAAUCUCAUCUCUCCCUUCCGAAACCCGUAUCAUGUUAUUUUCCUGGCGGGAAAAUACAGUCGAACUUGUAAUUCAAGUUAAGAGUUCAUCAUCACUUGUCUCCGUUUCGUUUUCAGCUUAAUUUCGACAUUUCAACCGGAGCUACCGCUCCGCCGGUAGGGUUUUGUCUCUAAUAUUACCAGUUGUAUGUAUCUCGGUUGCAAUGACCAGUCAUGUCUAUGUGGAGUGUGCAAAAUCAGAUAUUUCUUAGAUUUCUAGUUGCAUAUGGUGUGUGGGCUUUCCGAUUUGGAGUUAAAUAUGCUAAUAAAAGUUGUUGAUUAUAGUUGGAUUUGAUUCUUUGCUUUUGCUUAUAUUGUUCAUGAAGUUCAAUAUUAAUUUUUUUUUCUUCAUAUCUGUAGUCAUGCUAUUGAUUAAUCUGUAACUGUUUGAGGUCUUGGUUGAUUUUGAUGUUGCUGCUGACUUGUCUUAGUUUUUUCAUGAAUUAUGGGCUAAUGCUGAUUGUCAGAAACCAAAUAAUAAUUGAACUUGAUUCUUUUUGUUAUUUUUUGUCUAUUUUUCGGAAUUCCGUGCAAUGAGUAUAUCUGAUGUUGGUCAUUCGACAUCGUUGAAUCUUCACCUUUUGGACCUCCAAAAGAGUAAAUGUUAUUCUUAUAUUUGACUUCUCAAAACAAUUUUUUUUAUUGAUUCCAUAAGGAGCAAUAUGAAUUAAUUAUGUUUUUAGUUUCACAAUUCAUAAUUCUUAUCAGUUACAGUUUUUUUCAGUUUUAGAAUUCUAUUUUUUCCCCCAGAUAGUUUGGACAAGCGAAGACAAUUCUUUAAGGUUUACUUUGUACUGCAAAGAUUUACCUCAAUCCCUUGGGACUUCAAAUCAGAACUUAACCAUCUAAUUUUAUUGUUGAAAAAAAGUUAAUCAUCUAAUUUUAUUCUUUUUUUCUUUUUACUAAUGCAGGCUUUCAUUGAGAGUCAUUGAUUGGUUUAACUAUUAUUUCUGUUUAAUAUUGUAAAAAUCACAAUUAGUGUUUUUAAUUAGUUGUCUUAUAUGUAUCAUUACUCAUUUUGAUAUUCCUGCCCUGGUUGUCAAUUGACUAGAACAAUUAUGAUUGUUACCUUUUAUGUGAUAUUGGUCCCUUCACUGGUUUAUUGAUUGAAAAGAAAGUUGAGAUAUCAGGCAAAUAGUAAGCAAAGUUUCAGGGAAAAGGCCACAAACAUUUUUUUGCAAACAACGAGAAGACAAUGGGAAAUCUCUAUCAUAAAUUUAAGUGUCAUUCCAUUGGUUUUUGUUCUAUAAUGGCACGAUUUCUUUUAUCAGAUUAUGUUAUUCUACUUUUAGAGACUACAGUGUUGUUUCAUUUUACUGGUUUUUGGUCUAUGAUAGCACGGUUUUUCUAUGGCAUGCUUUCUUUCUUCUACAACUUCCUUUUGGUAAAAAAAUGCUAAGGUUAAAAAUUUUUCUUCCAAAAAGGAAAAACACUGCUGAUAGUUUUUUUUUUCCUUCUACAUAUGCAUCAUGCAUCACACACCACAAAGCUGGAAUAUUGUCUGUGGGCCCCACGUGAAAUGAAAUGCAUUUCUAAAUCUUUGGAGUAUAGUUUUGCCCUUUUCAAUGGGUACUGGAGGCUUUAGUAUGUCAAGUAGUUCAUGCGAAAAGAAUGUGGGGAUUGGACCUCAAUCAACACAAGGGCAAGAACCACGAGGCUUUGAUCUGGAGGAGUGCCACAACCUAGAAGAGUCCAGUCAUGAUUUAUCCAUGUCAAGGGAUUCCAUGGAAGAUAAAUCCAAGAGAGAUUGGGUACCGGAAAUAGGCAUAGAGUUUGAGACUGUGGAGGAUGCAUACAGUUUCUACAAUGAAUAUGCUGGAAAAGUAGGUUUUAGCAUUCGGAAGCACAAUUGUCACAAGAAAAAUGGUAUUGUGCAUGAUAGAACUUUUUGUUGUUCUUCUGAAGGUCAUCGUGCUUUUGAUAAACGACGUGUUAAUGUGAAGAAUCACCGCCCAGAAACAAGAACUGGUUGUCUAGCACACUUGUCUAUAGUUCUUCAAGCUAAUGGUAAAUAUCGUGUCAACCAAUUUGAACCAAGUCACAACCAUCCAGUUGUAACCCCAGAAAAGGCACAUUUUUUGAGGUCCCAAAAGAGAUUAGCUUCUGGCAAAUCAAAUGUGACAAACAAAUCAAACACAACCAUGGGAUCUACAAGUGGAAACGCUGGAGAUCCUAAUGAUGUUUGUCAUACCAAUAGUGAUAUUAUCAAUUGCUUAACUUCCAAGCGGAUGAGAACAAUGGAGAAAGGAGAUGCAGGAGCCAUAUUGGAAUACUUUGACAAGAUGCAACCAGAAAAUACAUCUUUUUUCCACUCAUUACAGCUUGAUGUAGAUGAUAAGGUAACCAAUAUUUUCUGGAUAGAUGCUAAGAUGGUGGCAGACUAUGGCCAUUUUGGUGAUGUGGUUUGCCUCAAUACAACUUAUAGAAUAAACAAGGAUAGCCGGCCCUUUGCAUCAUUCAUUGGAGUGAAUCAUCACAAGCAAGCUGUCAUUUUUGGUGCUGCACUGCUCUAUGACGAGACUGUGGAAUCUUUUGUGUGGUUGUUUAAAACUUUUCUUAAGGCAAUGUUUGGAAAUAAGCCAAAGACAAUUCUCACAGACCAAUAUGAGGCAAUAUCUAGGGCAGUAGCUUUGGUGUUGCCAGAGACUUGCCAUCGGUUUUGUGUCUGGCAUGUAUACCAAACUACAAUUAAACAGCUUUCUAAUGUAUUUUCUGGCUCACGAUCUUUUGAGACAGAUUUCAGCAAGUGCAUAUUUGAUUGUGAGGGGGAAGAGGAGUUCUUAGCAACUUGGGAAAAUAUGAUUGAAAAAUGUAACCUCAGGGAUAACUCAUGGCUGCAAAAGCUAUUUAGAGAAAAAGAAGAGUGGGCUUUGGUAUAUGGACAUAAUGCAUUCUGUGCAGACAUAAAUAGCAUACAAAGGAGUGAAAACAUAAAUUGUGCUUUGAGAGGCUAUCUUAAUUCUACAGAUGAUUUGUUGCACUUUUUCAAGCAGUUCGAAAGACUGGUGGGUGAUUGGCGUUAUAAAGAACUAAAAGCUGAUUUUACAAUGAGCCAAAGUACCCCUCAUUUGCGUAUGCCUGUUCAGAUGUUAAAGCAUGCUGUGUCUAUAUACACUCCAGCCGUCUUUGAGAUGUUUGAGAAGGAGUAUUUAAAAGGUUGGGAUUGUGAUGUUCAUGUUUGUGGUGAGAUUGGAACAAUUUCCAUAUACAAAGUUAGGCCAUGUGAGAAAUCAUGGGAAUACACUGUUACAUUUGACACAUCAAGUGAAACAAUUGUUUGCAGUUGUAAAAAGUUUGAGUUUGUAGGCAUUUUGUGCGGCCAUGCACUAAAGGUGCUUGAUCAUAGAAAUAUAAGGUUCAUCCCAAGCAAAUACAUCAUAAAGAGAUGGACAAAAGAUGCAAAGGCUGAAAGUGAUAAAGAAUUUCAUGCAUCUGCAUUGAAAGUUGACUCUAGAACAUCUUUAGGACGGCAUUAUCAGGAGUUAUAUCAUAACUUCAUUAAAAUAGCAGAAAAGGCUGCAAAAAGUGAAGAUGUGUGUGAAUUUGCUUUAGAUUAUUCAAAUAAGUUGUUGCAAGGAGUGGAAGAUAUCUUGAGAAGUAAAAAUCAAUCAGAAACUCCAAUUACAGCCUCAUAGUCUCAUAUGAAAGAAUGAAACAGGUGCAAAUAUUUGAGAAAGAAAGCAUGUAUAUAUGAAGUGUAUGUGGUGAAACUUCAAAUGAAAUUUAGCUUGUUAAGUUGCAUGAUGAAAUUAUUAGAAUUUCAUGCUGAUUAUAAACAACAUUGUUGACAAUCCCAUUCUUUAUGGAUACUACCUGAGGUCUUUUGGCAGCCUCAUUCUCUCUUUUUGGCAGCCUCAUUCUCUCUCUUUUGGCAGCCUUCAAAUUUGCAUAUUAGUACAAUACUUUUAGAAUUGCCAAAAAAGUAAAUACUUUAGUAGA